CUCAAUCAUUUGAAUUUCCGCCUCUGACUGCUUCUACCUCAAUGACACUCUUAAAAGAUGCCCCCUUGGUCCUUAGUGUCGCCGGCUUCGAGAGGUAUCGGUUUCGCGCUGGCAAGAAGGAUUCUACAGACAACGGAUGUACCAAUUGUUGCAACUGCACGUAAAGAUCCGACGAAGACGCGACAUGAACUUCUAGAUGGUCUUAAUAUCGACGAAGGAAAGCUCACAGUCUUACACGUUGAUGUAUUGGAUGAGUCCACGAUCUCCCGGGCUGCUGCUUCUUGCAAGGAGAUGUUUCCAUCUAGGACCCAUCACUUGCAUCUCGCCUUCAUUGUGCCUGGGGUGCUCUUUCCAGAGAAGUCACCGGCACAGAUCAACGCUGAUGAUGCGUUGCUGACUUUUCGUACAAACACUAUCGGACCGAUGUUAAUGUUGAAACAUUUUACCCCGUUUCUUCCAAAGAAAGGGACCGCCGUGGACCCGAACGACGGAACUAUAGAGACAUUACCCGAGGUCUCAACAACGGCGGUGAUGUCUGCUCGCAUUGGCAGCAUAACUGAUAACCAUCUCGGAGGCUGGUAUAGCUACCGCAUUUCCAAGGCUGGCGUUAAUCAGCUCGCGAAAACAUUCGACAACUAUUUGCUGACUACUUCUGGUGAGAAUGCUAUCGCCAUGGCCCUGCACCCUGGUACAGUAAAAACAGGCUUGAGCAAAGAGUUCUGGGGGAGCGUAAAGAAAGAAAAGCUGUUUGAGAGUGACUGGGUCGCCGACAGAUUGAUUGAUGUGGUUAAGAAAGUAGGGGUUAAUGGGCGAGGGAGGUGCUGGGACUGGGAUGGGAAAGAAGUUCCUCCCUGA